UCAUAAGUCGGAAGUGAUACAAAUUUAUCUCCUCUGACUCCAUUAAUUCCUCCACGAUCUACGGUUCUUCGCAAUCCUUUGUUUUGCAUAUUUCUUAUCGAUUCGAUUCAGAAGAAGAAAUGGCAGAACAGAAGAAGAAGCAGGGGGGUUUUACCAAGGUCAACCAGCUUCGCCCUUUGGAUACUGGGGUUAGCCUCACUGUAAAAGUUGUGAGUUCAAAGCAGAUCGCCCAGAGAGGUAGGCCGCAGGGCCGUUUCGCCGAAUGUUUGGUGGGAGAUGAGACUGGAAUGGUUAUCUUCAGUGCCAGGAAUGAUCAAGUGGACUUGAUGCAAGAGGGUAAUACCAUUGUGGUUACAAAUGCUAAAGUUGACAUGUUCAAGGGAUCGAUGAGGCUUGCUGUGGAUCGCUUUGGGCGUGUUGAAAUCACAGAAGCUGCGAGUUUUACUGUGCCACAAGAUAUCAAUAUGUCCUUGAUUGAAUUUGAGCGCAUAGAUGUUGUUGUGUGAUAAGUGGAGGUUAGACGGCCUCGUCUUAUGGAGACUUGAGGUUAAACCUCAUCGGAAACAGCCUACUCGAAUGUUUUUCACUCAAAUACUACUCUUAGAAGUUAUUUUGAACUUUUAUUUAACUUUUGUAGUGCGAGUUGGUUUCAGUUUUUGUAGACAAUGGCAUUUCACUGAAUUUUGCUUUUAGUGUUUUAAUCUAUCUUGCUACCUUGUUCA